CGCGAUUGUUAAAAGAAUUUUUUUAUUACAUGUCUUACUGUGUUUCUGGUUACUUACUUACUGUUGGAAGGCUAGGCUAAUGAACUAUGGUUUGAAUAAUAAAGGUAAUGACACUGAUUGAAAUUCAACCAGGAAAAUUUAAGAGAAUUUGGCAUUGAGGAUGAAAGGUAUCACCAAGGGAAUUGUAUUUAUUUUAUUGUUGUUUUUAACCAGUUUUUUUGGUUCAGUGGUUUUCUUAUUCCCAUUUCUUCCCUUGCUAUGUUUCCGACUGACAGAAAAAACAGGGAAAUGGAUUAUGGAAAAAUUCAUUUUUAUGUGGAAGCUGUUUGCAGUGGCUUUAUAUGAAGUAAUGAUUGGAAUAAAGAUAAAAGUAGUGGGAGAGAAAUUACUAGAUACACAUCAAAAUCUUCUUCUUAUAAUGAAUCAUAGAACAAGAUUAGAUUGGUUAUUUUUAAUGUCUUAUCAGAUCAGACAUGCAUCUUUACAACAAUACGUCAUUUCACUUAAAGCUCUUCUAAAAAAAAUACCAGGCCCAGGCUGGGCAAUGCAGUGUGGUGCUUUCCUGUUUCUUCAAAGAAAAUGGGAGACUGACAGUGCAUGGAUUACAAAAUGUGUUGAAUAUUUUCACAGGGUAGGACAUAAACCACAGUUGUUAUUUUUUCCCGAAGGAACAGAUUUAACAAAACAGACCAAAGAGAGAAGUGAUGUAUUUGCCGAGAAAAAUGGUUUACAAAAAUACAGUUUUGUUCUUCAUCCUAGGACAACUGGUUUUAUUCAUAUGAUCAGUCAAAUGAGAAAAAAUAAUGUUAUAGAUGGAAUACUGGAUGUUACUGUAGCUUAUCCUAAGUAUAUACUACAGAAUGAAGGUGAUAUAAUACAUGGCAGAUUUCCUGAAGAAAUUCAUUUUAAUAUUAAUUAUCAUAAUAUUACUGAUAUACCUCAAAAUACAGAGAAAUUGGGUGAAUGGUGCCAACAAACAUGGCUUGAGAAAGAAAAUAAACUUAAUUCUUACUAUGAAAAGAAACAAUUUAAUGAAAAAGACCAAGAACUCAAAUAUGAUCAUGGUGCUUUAACAAGAUAUUUAUAUAUGGCCAUUUUAUUUUGGUCUUUUUUUCUUAUUUUUGUUUUUUAUUCCUUAUUAUAUGUAUGUUUCUUCCGAUGGUACUGUUUUAUUGCAGUAGUUACAUUUAUGGUGAUUCAAAACACUAUAGGAGGGGUUGAUAAUCUUAUGUUUUCCUGAAAAUAAUGGGUACAAUUUACAUAAAUGUUAUCCUGAUUUUGAGAUUUAUUUUAUUAUAGAAUUUUGUUGAUAUAGUUAUUUCUACUCAUUCCUUAAUGGGGCAUUAUGUAAGAUUUAGUGCUGGGUAAUGCCACUGCAGUUACGAUACGAUACGUAUUCCAUUUUUAAACUAAAUCAUUAAAGGACAAUAUUGGUGUCAGCCAUUAUCACAUAUGUGAUUGAACUGGUUAAACACUUUCCAAAUAUAGUUUUAACACAAAGAUCAUUGCUACGAUAGAUGCAUCAUGAAGAUUUGAAGAAACGGAAGUGAUGAAAGCAAAAGGAAAACACAAGUUAUCCUUCUAUAUAAUUGACUGAAGUAACGAGCAAUAACAGAUACACAGGCGAAUUUCUGCUCAUUGAUAAUUUCUUCGAAGACGAAAAGUUGUUACAUUAUGAUCUUGUCAUGUUAAUAAAUGUCCAAUUAGUAAUUUAUAUAACAUUUAAGACCUGGAAUAGGCAGAUUAUCUCUUAUAUAAUGCCUGUUUAAUGUAUAGACAUUCUUUGCCAAAAUAAUAUGUAGAGUAUUAUUAUAAUGUACUUUAACAGCAUUGUUUUAACUUAUUUAAUUAACUCUUUAUUAAAAAAAUAUAGCAUUAGGACCAAUAAUGACUGUCAUUUAAAUUGUAUAUUAUUGCAUUGUGAUGGACUUUUUUCUUUUUCUUGAAAUUAAUAUUAACUGAAGGGGGAACAGCAUUAAUGUAUUGAAAGUAAUGCCACGUGCAGUAUCCACUUUUUAAAUUUCUGACUGGGUGGCUACUUUUAAUUUGAACAAGAAAUAAUAUACUAGUUUUAACAUGGGCCGUAUAUUAGUUUUAGGCCUACUAUCAGAUAGUUUACGCCAUUGUCAUGUUAUUAGUCUAUUGAAUAAUUAAUUGUUGAUUAUUAGUUUGAUGUUUUGAGGGGUGUUAUGUUUGGUGACAUUGCAGAUUUUGGAACUAUUUGAUUUGGGUAAAAAAUUAAAGAGUUGAUUUUGGGUGAAGAAUUAAAGUGUUGAUUUCGUUAAUUUCAUAUUGAGAUAUUAUAGAAUUUGUGUUCAACAGUCGAGGUUUUAAGCUAAAAGUGAAAUGAAAACCAACUACCUUCUGUGUAAUAUUUUGAAAUGAAAAUUGAGUCCUAAAGAUUCUGUUUAUCACUAAUUGAAAUGACACACAGUAUUAGCAACACCUUAUAUAACAGCUGCUAAAUAUCUCAAUAUACUCUUUACUGUAAUCUUGACCCAAACUUUAAUAUUCUGUCCUUAUUUUUAUAAUAUGUAUAUUGUUUUGUUUUUCUGUGUGUACAGAUUUUAAUAAGGCAGGACACUACCUAAGAAUUUCACAUUGAUAACAGAAACUUUGAAUUUAGUGUAAUAUUAGUAUAUGAUGUCCCAAAACAGAUUUGAUAAUUUGACCGUAAAAUAGUAAUUGGUUGCCAUGGAAAUGGUAGCCAUAUUGGAUUUUUAUACGCCCACAUUUUCAUGUGGACGUAUAUUGUUGUCACCCCUGGUCCAUCCACAAUUUGUUUGUGGACACUCUACGGGUCACAAUUUUUAUCUGAUUUUGAUGAAACUUGAAAUAUAGGUCUAUCUCCCAGAGAUCUCGGUUCUUUCGAUACUGGCAUGUAUCGGACCAUAACUUCAUGGAUUAUGGCCCCUGAUUGUACGAAAAAUCACGUUUUUAGCUUGUGGACACUCUUAGAGGUCACAAUUUUGAUCCGAUUUUGAUGAAACUUGAAAUGCAUGUUUAUAACCUAAAGAUCUUGGUUCCUUUUGAUAAUCACACAUAUCCGAACGUAACUUCCUGGAUUAUGGCCCCUGAUUGGUUGGAAAAUCGCAUUUUUAGCUUGUGGAUUUCGAUUUUAAAAACCAUUUAGAUAUAUAUCACAAUUCCACUAUAAUGAAGGUUGAAUUCGAAUUUUGGGAAAAUCAAAAUGAAAAAAGGUCGCUCUUUGUAUGCAAAUUGUGUAUAAGUAUGUAAUACAAAGGUUAUGGAACUUCUAGAGGUCACAGUUUUUAUCUGAUUUUGAUGAAACUUAAAACAUAACUUUAUAUUCCAAAAAUCUCAGUCCCUUUUGAUAUUUGCGCAUUUCUGACCAUAACUUUCUGGAUUAUGGUCCCUGAUUGUACAAAAAAUCGUUUUUGUUCUUGCAAAAUGUUGGCGUAUCCUCCCUGGCAGCCUCUGGUUUAUAUAUUCACGGUAGGUAUGUUAGGAAAUCAAAAUCUUCACCAAUUUUAUUGAAACAAACUAUUUGUGAUUUGGAAUAAUAUAUAUAUAGACAUUAAAGAGUGCAAUAAGGUAUAAAUUUUACUAUUUGAGGUUAAUAAAGAACAUUAUGCAUCCCAAUAAAAUGUCCAAAUGUAUAAGAAACACUUUGAAGAUCACCUUCUAUUGCUCACAGUAGCUAUAGCACUAAUGGUAUACCAAAGAUGAGACCAUUAUCUCUCAUAGAUUUUGAGAAUUUGAUUUUCUAAGAUGGGUGAAAAAUUGAGUACAUAAAAAAGCAAGUUAAAAAUUCGAUUUAUCUACAUGUAUAUUUGUGUGAUUAAAUUGUCAUACUAUAGCUAGUGAUAUUAAAGGAUUGCAGAAGCAUAUUUCUUCUACAAGGAA